AUGGUUUCCACUAUUGACUUGAAGGCAUUGAACAUCUUCCUCAACACGCCAAUCUCACAGGACAUGGUCCACAAGAUCGUGGUUUCUACCUUACAGGUGAUUCCAUGCAAGGACACCAAGACUACCUACGUCGAUGCUAACACUGAGAAGCCUUUACCUUCAUUGAUGACUUUCUUGACCAGAUUGGUCAGAUACACCAAUGUCUACACUGGAACCUUGAUGGCUACGCUUGUGUACUUGAACCGUCUCAAGUCCAAGUUGCCCAAAAAUGCACAAGGUUUGCCUUGCACCAGACACAGAAUUCUUCUCAGCUGCUUGAUCUUGUCUUCCAAGUUCCACAACGACUCGUCUCCAAAGAACGUUCACUGGGCCAAGUACACUGAUGGUUUAUUCACCGCCAAGGACAUCAAUCUCAUGGAAAGACAAUUGCUUUUCUUGUUGAACUGGGACAUGAAAAUCACCAACUCCGAGAUGAUCCAGGCCACUAGCAGCUUCUUGGAAAACAUCAAGUACGACUUGAUCAAGUCUGCCAAGAUGAGAAAGUACUUGAGC